AAUCAGUAAGUAAUCGAAAAAAAUAAGAGUUUACGAAUGGCGACCACGUACCGGACGACGCUCACUGAGUAGGUCUCCCACCAGGUGGACCGAUGAUUUUCUAAAGGUUGCAGGAAGCCGCUAGAUGUGGGCAGCGCAGGACCGAUCGUCCUGAAAGACUAUGGGGAGGCCUAUGCUCAGCAGUGGGCGUCUUACGUCUGAUGAUGAAUGAAAAUAAAUUAUGAAUCAAAAAAUAAUGUCUUGUCAUUUCUGAUUCUGUGAUGGAAAAUAACUAAAGUCUAAUGAAACGGGAAGAAAAAAGCAGCCCUUGCUUCUCAGUACAAGGUUUCCCGCCGUAGUAUAGCGAACCGUCGGCAUAGUUUUUGACUUUCACGAGUGCUUUUGAUUCGGACAUAUCUCCUUGGUAUCAGUUAAUUAAGAUACAAUUUAAUCAGAUAGCUAUUGUUUUCAGUGAAGAAACAGUUCAUUGGAGUAUCUAAUGGUGCGUUGAAGCUAUAUUGCUAGUGGAAUGAUUUAUAAAACGGAUAUUCAUUUUUAGGCAUAUUUUGAUAAAAACAGAGGAUUAAAGUACAAUGUGUUGUUGCGUAGUUACACGACGCGUCAUAUUAUACCUAUUAUUAUUGACUUUAGUUCUUACAAUCGCUUUGUUGAAUCGUUUGUUAUAAUAAUCGUACCUACAUGCACUUAAAAGGCUAAUAUCACGGGCUCGCCUCGUGAUUAGAAACACUUCAGGAAAGGCCAACCUGAGGUGCGGUACGAGAGGGGGGAGUCGCUGAAACAAUAUGGCCGCUAUCAGACGCCAUCGCGCGUCACGUGCCGCCCCUCUCCCCUCGCCCCACCCGGUUUAUUAGCUUUCCACGAAAAAAUGUUCAACAAAAAAAACAACUGAUAAGAUCACGAUGAGGUCGAGCGCUGCCCAUCAAUAAUCCGAUGAUCGAGCUAUCAGACUUAGACGCGGAUUAUUGGCCCCAGCACUGAACACUGACUUCUGCACCACUCGGCACACACUUCACUGCCUGACGUCACUGCACAUAUAUAGUAUAACAGAUAUAAUUCCUUUGUCACGACUAUCGUCCGAGAUGCAUGUUGGAUUUUAUCUGAGAGCGCGGUGGGUGCGCGGGCGCUGCAUAGACUGUAAUGAGGUGGCGGCUCAGAUACGCGCUCUCAUAAUCAAAUCUGUAGGCCUUCUAUCUGAUAAUUACUCGGUAUCGGGGAUGGUAUCGCGAUAUCUUAGGUCCCGCAGAUACGGCGCGCCCGCCGCAGCCGGCGCCCUCGCCCUGGCAGGGCUGGAGGUAGGAGGCGUGGGGGGGGGGAGGGAGGGGGAGAGGACGCUCCCUACAAAUAUUAGCUUGUUCGCUCUUCGACGGUGUUUGCACAUGUUAUCGCAUCACCAGCGACCGCCAACACACCCGCCACGACCGAGGGGAGCUUCACACAUCGCAUUAUUAAGUGACACAUCCACCGUCAUCGAUCGCUGUGACUAAUAUACGCCACGAUCGAUAUCUGACAAUUUCAUAUUUAUUAUACUCUGUUACUGAUUAAUAUCAUAGUAAUUCAAGCAAAAAACCAGGAACAGGUUAAUAAGCGGGCCGCGAAUGUAACACUUGCACAUGCAUCGACCGGCCGGCCGGCGAUAGCUGCUCCGUUAGAUACAGUAUCUGUUAGAUACGAUUAGGUAUCACAAUGUUAAGAUAACCAGUCUCACAUUAACGCCUAGUUAAGAUAACACAGAUAAAGAUUUGCAUAUCUGAAGGAAACCGCGAUAUGGGGGUGCUCUAUCUAUGAGGUCGACGCACUCCACAAUAAUAAUUGUUCUAAGGGCCGCUCUGUGCAGAACUACAUGACCUACGUCAUAUCAUAUUUAAGCAUAUCGAUAUC